GAUUUACACGAUGAACAAUUAUUUCUCCAUUGGCCCAGAUGCUCUCAUGGCUUUAAACUUCCACGAAUGCAGGCAGCAAAGCCCAUUCCUUUUCUCUAAUCGGAUUAUUAAUAAGGCUGUUUAUUUCUUCUAUGGGACCAGAGACUGUUUAGUUCAAGCUUGCAAGGACCUGGAUCAGAAGAUUGAGUUGGAGCUGGAUGGGGAAAGGAUUGCAUUGCCGAAACUGGAGGGGAUUAUCGUUCUCAACAUUGCUUACUGGGGAGGGGGCUGUCGGCUUUGGGAAGGCACAGGGGACAAGCCUUAUCCCCCUGCCAGUCAUAGUGAUGGGCUGUUGGAAGUAGUUGGGGUUUAUGGCUCAUUCCAUUGUGCUCAAAUCCACGUGAAACUGGCCAAUCCAGUACGCCUGGGCCAGGCCCACACUGUCAGACUGAUUCUGAAGAACUCGGUGAUGCCCAUGCAGGUUGAUGGGGAACCCUGGGUUCAGGGACCAUGUUCUGUUGUGAUCACUCACAAAACCCAAGCUCUGAUGAUUUCGCCAUCAAAACAGCAGCCAGAGGAUGAUCUCCCGAGUGGGAGUGCAUCAGCACAAGGCACCGUGAAAAGCUGAUACCGGCAUUGACUGAUAUGGAGGCUAUCCUGUCCAAACUGCCUCUCUGCGGGGGAUGAAGGGGUGUCUGUCAUAACAGGGAAAGAUGCACUUUACCAGAGUAACUUUACUCCUCUCCGCUUGACUGGUGAUUAGCAGAAAGAGAUGACAGCCGAGAAACAUCAGAUACUGCGAUCCAUGAGAGAGCUGGAGGGAGGGAGUGUGAUCACUGGGACUGGGGGAUCCCCUGAUCCUUGGGAUUGGGCAACAUGAUUCCUUUUGUGGGAAAUUGAUCGCUGCAGGACAGUGGAGGGACAACAGGAAUCGGGGUGGGGGAUGACUUAUGACUAUAUCUGCAAGUAAUUUGUUGAGCUCUCUUGUAGAGGGAGCUUUACUCUGUAUCUAACCCUGUCCUGGGAGUGUUUCUUGGGAACAGUGUAGAGAGAGCUUUACUCUACCCUGUAUUUAAUCCCGUGCUGUCCCUGUCCUGGGAGUGUUUGAUGGAGACGGGGUCAGGGUUGAAGUAUGUUAUCUUCCCAAAUACAAUGUUUACCAAAGACAGUGUGCUGUCCCUGUCCCCUCUUCCCCACUGUCUUGUUUAGUUAAUACAGUUCCCCCACAUUGGUGAUUCCCAGCAGAUAUAUUGGGUUGGCUGGUUUAAUUUUUGCUGCCCCUUCCCUAGACCACCUUUCUGUUUUUGAAGUUAUUGUUUCUGGAUCUUUGUGGUUUACAGUUUAUUUUUUGUCUUGCUGUGUUUGCACUGAUUCUGGACCUAAUUGAGUCUUUGCACUGUGGCUGUUUACUGUGGUCAUUGUUACUGGUUCAUCCAUAUUCUUACUGCAGGAAUCUGGAUUGCACUGCUGAUAGCUGACACUGUCUGAGUUGUAGGUCAACAACUGACUGGCUGAAGACAGGUUAACAACAUUUCUGUAACCAAGUGAAAAGUCCCAAACAGCUUCCCAGGUGCAGUUCUCAAACACAAUUGGACCCCAAGCCACAUCAGGAGAUUAAAACAGGUGCACAAAGAAAGAGAGAAAUUUUAAAGGCUGAGGAGGUCUGAGGCUAAGCUUUGUUUGUGGCUUUCAUGGAAACACAACCGAGGCACCAAGGUCCAGGUUCUGAUACACCCCAGGCCCCACAGCCCCUCAUCAGUGGGGGUCAGGAAGUGAGGCUGCUCCUGGGGAUUGGGGGAAUGGAGGGGAUGAUGUUUGGGCUGUGCCGAACUGUUGUUAACCCCAAUUCCACCCUGAUCAGGAUUGAGUAUUUGGAUGAGACUGAUUCUGCUCUUGAACCAGAUUCUGUCUUCCUCCCUGAUUUGGGAAAGUGGUCUCCAUAUGUCACAUUUUUAUCUUCCCUUGCUCCUGGGAGCUGUGAUGUCAUGUUCUCAUUCCACCUGUUGUAAUUUGUGUAAAUGGGGAGGGGAGAUUAACGUCCUGAUUGUGGUUAAACUUUGUGUCAUAAAUAAUGUGAAAUAAAUUUAGCACUAGCUCUGUAA